CAGAAAACUAAACCGAGAUGGAAUCUCCCAGUCUGAACCGGUUACAACCGGUUACUAGUUUUGCCAGAGAAGGUUUGGAGGUUGAUAGUCCAGCACCGCCAGCUACAGAAACGGUCACGAAAAAUGAAUCGGAAGACGUAAAAAAGAUCCUUCCGAGAAAAACUUGUAAAACGUUACUGAGGUGGUGUGUGCUGGAAUCCGUUCCUAUUGACUCAAGACGGCUCACCGAUUGACCAAAACAAAAACCAUUUGGGAAUUACAAGUUUUUUUUCUUGCAGUAAUCUAUGCCAGCCAUAAUGACAAUUUUAGCAGACCAUGCAGCUCGUCAGCUGCUGGACUUCACUCAAAAGCUUGAUAUAAACCUCCUGGACAAUGUAGUAAAUUGUCUAUACCAUGGAGAAGGUGCACAGCAACGAAUGGCUCAAGAGGUUUUAACUCAUUUAAAGGAGCAUCCUGACGCAUGGACAAGAGUUGAUACUAUUUUGGAGUUUUCACAAAAUAUGAAUACCAAAGGUGACUGGGAAAUUGAAAACUACCCUGCAAAUGAGUCUGUGGGCUGUCUUGCUGUUCCUGAAGAGCAACACCAGUACUACGCACUGCAGAUCUUGGAAAAUGUAAUAAAAACUAGAUGGAAGAUCCUUCCUAGAAAUCAAUGUGAAGGAAUUAAAAAGUAUGUUGUUGGAUUGAUUAUUAAGACUUCAUCUGAUCCUGUUAACAUUGAGAAGGAGAAAGUUUAUAUUGGGAAACUAAAUAUGAUUCUGGUUCAGAUACUCAAACAAGAAUGGCCAAAGCACUGGCCCACGUUCAUCAGUGACAUCGUAGGCGCAAGUAGAACAAGCGAGAGUUUGUGUCAGAACAACAUGAUAAUCCUUAAAUUAUUAAGUGAGGAAGUAUUUGAUUUCUCCAGUGGUCAAAUGACCCAAGUGAAAGCAAAACACCUGAAGGACAGCAUGUGCAAUGAAUUCUCUCAGAUAUUCCAGCUGUGCCAGUUCGUCAUGGAAAACUCUCAAAAUGCUCCUCUUGUUCAAGCAACCUUAGAAACAUUGCUGAGAUUCUUAAAUUGGAUUCCACUUGGAUAUAUCUUUGAAACUAAACUAAUUAGCACACUGAUAUACAAGUUUCUCAAUGUACCCAUGUUCAGAAAUGUGACUCUGAAGUGUCUGACAGAGAUAGCUGGAGUAAGCGUCAGCCAAUAUGAAGAACAGUUUGUUACUCUCUUCACACUAACAAUGAUACAACUGAAACAGAUGCUUCCUUUAAAUACCAAUAUACGAGUGGCAUAUGCCAAUGGUAAAGAUGAUGAGCAGAAUUUCAUCCAGAACUUGAGCCUCUUUCUUUGUACUUUCUUAAAAGAACAUGGGCAGCUUAUUGAGAAAAGAUUAAAUUUGAGGGAAGCCCUUAUGGAGGCUCUUCAUUAUAUGCUGCUGGUUUCUGAAGUGGAAGAAACUGAGAUUUUCAAAAUUUGUUUGGAGUAUUGGAAUCAUUUGGCUUCUGAGCUCUAUAGGGAAAGUCCCUUCUCAACGUCUGCAUCACCUGUGCUUUCUGGAAGUCAGCAUUUUGACGUGCCUCCAAGAAGACAACUUUAUUUGCCAGUAUUGUCCAAGGUUCGUCUUCUAAUGGUCAGUCGUAUGGCCAAACCAGAAGAAGUACUAGUAGUGGAAAAUGACCAGGGAGAAGUUGUACGUGAAUUCAUGAAGGAUACAGAUUCCAUUAACUUGUAUAAAAAUAUGAGAGAAACACUUGUGUACCUGACUCAUUUGGAUUAUGCUGAUACAGAGCGUAUUAUGACAGACAAACUUCACAACCAAGUGAAUGGUACUGAGUGGUCAUGGAAGAAUCUGAACACCCUCUGUUGGGCUAUUGGUUCAAUUAGUGGUGCUAUGCAUGAGGAAGAUGAGAAGAGAUUUCUGGUAACUGUAAUCAAAGAUCUUUUGGGAUUGUGUGAACAGAAGAGGGGUAAAGACAACAAAGCCAUUAUUGCUUCAAAUAUCAUGUAUAUUGUUGGACAGUACCCACGUUUCUUGAGAGCUCACUGGAAGUUUUUAAAGACAGUGGUUAAUAAACUGUUUGAAUUUAUGCAUGAAACUCAUGAUGGAGUUCAAGAUAUGGCAUGUGAUACUUUCAUUAAAAUUGCUCAGAAAUGUCGUCGACAUUUUGUUCAGGUGCAAGUUGGAGAAGUGAUGCCAUUCAUUGAUGAGAUUUUGAAUAAUAUUAAUACAAUAAUUUGUGAUCUUCAACCACAACAGGUUCACACUUUUUAUGAAGCUGUUGGUUAUAUGAUUGGUGCUCAGACAGAUCAGGCAGUGCAAGAGCAUUUAAUAGAAAAAUACAUGAUGCUGCCAAAUCAAGUCUGGGAUUCUAUAAUACAACAAGCAACUAAAAAUGUUGACAUUCUUAAGGACCCUGAGACAGUGAAACAGCUUGGAAGUAUUCUGAAAACUAAUGUUCGUGCGUGUAAAGCAGUUGGUCAUCCAUUUGUCAUUCAGCUUGGUCGAAUCUAUCUGGAUAUGCUGAAUGUGUACAAGUGCCUGAGUGAAAAUAUUUCAGCAGCAAUUCAAACAAAUGGUGAUAUGGUUACAAAACAGCCCUUAAUCAGAAGUAUGCGGACAGUAAAAAGGGAGACGCUGAAGCUUAUUUCCGGUUGGGUGAGCAGGUCCAAUGAUCCACAGAUGGUGGGUGAAAAUUUUGUUCCUCCACUGCUAGAUGCAGUGCUUAUUGACUACCAAAGGAACGUACCAGCUGCUAGAGAACCAGAAGUACUUAGUACCAUGGCAACCAUUGUAAACAAACUGGGUGGACAUAUCACAUCUGAAAUUCCUCAGAUAUUUGACGCUGUUUUUGAAUGCACUUUAAAUAUGAUUAAUAAGGACUUCGAAGAAUAUCCGGAACAUAGAACCAAUUUCUUCCUGCUCUUACAAGCUGUAAAUUCACAUUGUUUCCCAGCAUUCUUGGCUAUUCCUCCAGCACAAUUUAAGCUAGUUCUAGAUUCCAUAAUAUGGGCUUUUAAACAUACCAUGAGAAAUGUCGCUGAUACAGGUCUACAGAUUCUCUACACACUUCUACAAAAUGUUGCACAGGAAGAAGCAGCGGCACAAAGUUUCUAUCAGACAUAUUUUUGUGAUGUCCUACAACAUAUAUUUUCUGUUGUCACAGAUACAUCUCACACUGCUGGCUUGACAAUGCAUGCAUCUAUACUUGCAUACAUGUUCAACUUGGUGGAGGAAGGAAAAAUAUCAGUGCCCCUUAACCCAACAAAUCCUGUCACUAAUCAUGUAUUUAUUCAGGAUUAUGUGGCUAAUCUGUUGAAAUCUGCUUUUCCACACCUGCAAGAAGCACAGGUGAAGUUAUUUGUAACAGGACUAUUCAGUUUAAAUCAAGACAUUGCAGCCUUCAAAGAACAUCUGAGAGAUUUCCUUGUCCAAAUCAAGGAAUUUGCUGGAGAAGAUAGCGCUGACUUGUUCUUAGAAGAAAGAGAGGCUGCUUUACGUCAGGCCCAAGAAGAAAAACAUAAACUUCAAAUGUCUGUUCCUGGAAUUCUUAAUCCACAUGAAAUUCCUGAGGAAAUGUAUGAUUGAGAAAUAAGGAGUUAACCAAGUUGUGCUGUUUCUUCUGUUUAGCCACAUUGAUGUAGCUUUGCAGAAGAUAAUGCACAAGUGUCUUGACCAAAAAUGAUGCCAAUAUAUGUAUAUUAAAUCCUUUGUCACCUGAUAGCUCUUUAUACUUAGUAUGCAAUUUCUAUGGAAGUUUUCUCUUGUGUAAUACCUUUCCAUUGUUAUAAAUUCAAAGUUUUGUCAUCUUUGUUUAGAUUUGCAUGCAAUUGUAUGAAUCAAAUCACUUUUUAAAAUGUGUCCCAUUUUAUGGUUUGGAUGGGUGUGGUGGUGGAGAGAGCUGAAAAGUAGGUUUUGGUUGUGCCUCUGUUUGCAAAGUGUACAGCAGAUGGAAAUUAUCUUCUGUAAUUUAUCACCAAUCUCUUAAUUUGGGUAUGUGUUACUUUGUUGUAGCAUAGCCUUUAUGCAACCUAGGAAUGAAAGUGAUCUGUGGGUAGGUUUGGGGGUGGGGCGAGUGAAUUAUUCAAAGCAUAGUGUCAGGCAUGUCCCAGUGCUGCUUUUCAGUUGUAUCUAUGGGUAGUUGGAAGAAGUGGUCAUACUUGACUGAACUAAUGCAAUUCUAGCCAGAAAGGUUUGUGGCAAGAUCAUGUGCACAUCAUCCCAGUGUAAAGCAUCUUUAAUGACUUGGGAACACAGUACACUUGGUUAUUUUUUAUGAAUUUUUUUUGUCUGUAUGUGCUGUCGCUUUGUCGACAACAGCUUUUUGUUUUCCUCAAUGAGGAGUGUUGCUCAUUUGUUGAGCCUUCAUUAAUUCUAAGUGAAAGUGGUUAAAUAUUUAUCGAGUUGGCAUAGGCUGCAUCUUUAUAAACAGCUCAUGAAAAUACUGAUGGCUUUUGAGAUUACUUGUACUAAUUUACAUUGUUUACCAUGCUGUAGUGCUUCAAGAACACUACUUAAGAGCAAAAUAAAUUUGGUUUACAUUU